AAAACACACGUCUAUAAUUUAUCAGAAGUGUCCGCACACAUCAUUUUUAUUCACAUGCAGCUCUAUUUUUGAAGACCUCAGGCUUGCCUGAACAUGCCCUCAUGUGAGUGCCUGGAGAACUUCACGAGCCAUGGCCCUUUAAAAGGCGAUCCCACGCGCAGAAAAGAGAGGGAGGGGUAGAUGACGGCUAUUAAUCUUCUCUCUCUUUCUCUCUCUCUCUCUCUCUCUCUCUCUCUCUCUCUCUCUCUUUUUUCAGUCUCCGCAGUCAGUCCUUUGUAGCUAGAAGUUGUACAGAAGCUCGUUUGGUACUGAAGGAGGACGGAUUUGAACACACACACACACACACACACAGUGCAGGUUUUGUUUUCGCAUAUAACCCGGCAAGUUAUUUACGUUUUUUUUUUUUUUUGUUUGUUUUUUUUUUGCACGCCUUGCUUUUUCUUUUUCUUUUUCGUCAUUUGUGCACGAGACGCGCAGAAGCCAACCAGAUGCCUCCAGUAGACCACAUCAUCUGAGCUUUUCCUGAUUCUGCACAAUUUUUUAUUAUUUUUUUUAUUCUAAUUAUAACAAUAAUCUUCUUGGAUCUUUGUGAAAGUGCGUGGAGGUGCGUCUGAGCUUCAUGGGGUGGUUUUGGUGACGUUCCGAGCCUGUGUUGUCUCCUUGUCCAUUGGCGGAGUGCGCGUGAGGAGCAUUACAUCAGCGCUCGGCGCGAUCGGAACGGGGUCUCGGUAAACGGUAGUCGAGACCCGUUCAUGGCACGCCGCACGUCCAGCGCGCACCAACGCGUCUAAGCUCAUCACCCCAAAACUACACGCGCCGACGUCUCGAUGGCUCAGAUCGCGUCCCCCGAGCCCGAAUCCACCCUGGACGUGGCGAUCGACCCGGACUUUGAACCUCAAAAGCGGCCGAGGUCGUGCACUUGGCCGCUGCCGGAGUCCAGCUUGGUGAAGCCCGAGCCAAAGGACACGUACAUCAUCCCGGAGGAAGAGGAUGACGAGGAGGAGAGCGCGAUGGCUGUCAGCGAUGGCACGGCCGACGCUUUGAGCUCGAGUGGAGACCAGGAUGCGGAGCAGGUGGGAUCUCAGAGCCAGGUCGGGGCGCAAGCGCGCGCGUCUGAGAUGAACGGACAGGGCGUGCAGCAGCAGCAGCAGCAGCAGCAGCAAACCCCACGCAAGUCCUCGUCACGCAGGAACGCUUGGGGCAACCUCUCUUACGCGGACCUGAUCACAAAAGCCAUCGAAAGCACCCCGGACAAAAGACUGACCCUCUCCCAGAUCUACGACUGGAUGGUCAGAAAUGUCACCUACUUCAAAGACAAAGGAGACAGCAACAGCUCUGCAGGAUGGAAGAAUUCCAUCCGGCACAACCUGUCCCUGCACAGCCGUUUUGUCCGUGUCCAAAAUGAGGGAACGGGAAAGAGCUCAUGGUGGAUGAUAAAUCCCGAAGGUGGGAGGGGAGGCAAGGCGCCACGUCGUCGUGCGGUCUCCAUGGACAAUGGAAACAAGUACACCAAGGGCGCACGAGGACGCGCUGCUAAAAAGAAGGCAACAUUACAGGCUGCCCAAGAGGGAUCGCUGGAGAACGUGUCUACUGGAGGUCUGUCCAAGUGGCCAGGAAGUCCUACGUCACGCAGCAGCGACGAACUAGAUUCCUGCUGGACUGACUUUCGCUCACGGACAAACUCCAACGCUAGCACAAUUAGCGGACGUCUAUCACCUAUCCUAGCCAAUACAGAGCUGGAUGAGGUUCCAGACGAUGAGUUGGGCCCACCCCUGUCUCCAAUGCUUUACUCGAGUUCCAGCAGCCUUUCUCCUCCCUCUUCAUCCUCUUCAAACUCCAAACAAUGCCCAGCUGAGCUUCCACGACUAGGCACAAUGAAUCUCAAUGAUGGGCUAACUGACAACCAUAUGGGCAACUUGUUGGAAAAUGUAACACUUGCACCAUCAACACAGGCAGGUCAAGAUAGUUCCACUUUCACUUUUGGGAGCACCACUUCCACUCCAGGCUCCUCCUCUUCCUCACCAAAUGGUGCCAGUAGUACUGGAGGGUUCAGUAAUUCUAUUUUUGGUCCCUCCACUGGAGCAUUACGCCAGACGCCUAUGCAGACCAUUCAGGAGAACAAGCAAUCAUCUUUCUCGAGCAUUACAUGUUUUGGGAACACCACCCUCCAGGAGCUGCUGAACUCAGACUCGCUAGGCUCCCACAGCCACAGUGAUGUCAUGAUGACACAAUCUGACCCACUCAUAUCACAAACCAGUGCAGCCGUUGCUUCUCAGAGUUCUCGCCUUCGCAAUGGCCUCAUGCACCCCAAAGACCCUAUGAUGUCCUCCUUCAGUUCUGGGUUUAAAGGUCAGAACAACCUUCUCCAGAACAAUCGACAUCAUCAGGGCUCCACCGCCCAGACAGCACUGCACUCGCUUCCCAAAAAUGGUCUCCCAAGCCUGGCCAAUGACAUCAAUAACGUGGUAUCCGCCAAGCAGCACCUCCAGCAGCACUCGUCCAUGUUGCUGAGCGAGACUUCUGUUUACUCGGGGUUGAACGGCAGUAACGGAACGGGGAUUUCAGGAACAGAACGCUUUCCCACAGACUUGGAUUUGGACAUAUUCAACGGGAGUCUGGACUGCGAUGUGGAUUCCAUAAUCCGCUCAGACCUAAUGGAUGCUGACGGUCUAGACUUUAACUUUGAUGCUUUGGUGCAAAAUGGUGUCAGCCUGAACCCUGUUGGCAGCUUCAAUGGGACAACACAGUCCAGUCAAAGCUGGGUGCCAGGCUGAAAGUGGUUCCAAAGGCUCAAAGACGUAUUGCAAAAAAAAACAAAAAACACCCCCACAGAAGAAUUUCCAUCCAUCACAAACUCAUGCCAUCCAUUGCCAAGCCUGCUGCCAGCACCAAGCACUGGAACCUAUGCCUGUUUACAGUCUACAGUUCUGGAGACUCCUACCUUUAUUGCAGGAAACACCCCAACCUAAAUGAAUGACUGCACACAGAACACAAAGCAGAGUCCAGCUUCGUCAUGGAACGAACAUGAUAAUUCCAAUGAAUUGACACAAAUUAUACAAGUUUCCCAAAAAAAAUCAUGAUUUGAAAUGAUGCAGAGCUCUGAAUGUGAAUGUGUACUGAAAUAGAGAACCUAACCGCUAACACCUAAACUCAACCCUAAACCCCAACCACAACCCUCAAUCCCAAACCUAAACCCUAACCUCAACCUCAAUCCUAACCCUAAUCCCCAACCUCAAUCCUAACCCCAAUCCCAAACCUUAGCCUGACCUCAAUCCUAACCCCAAGCUUAGCCCAAACUUUCAGGGUAUUAAAAACCUUUACAUGGGCUAUGGAGCAGGUUUUCCAUGACGUCCAUAUAAUAUAUUUUCAAACACCAUCUGCAAGCGCUCACACUUGAAUCGUUAACCAAACUAAGAUUCAAAUUUGAAGAGGACGAAGUUCAUUGGAGGUCACAGAGGUGCAUCUCAAAACACCCUUUACAAAAGCAACAUAGCGAUCGAGUAAUGUUUUGACUCGGGGGUUUCAGUAACAAGUUUUGCUAAUCUGCAGUCUAAUUUGAAGUAGUAGCCUAAUUUCAGAAUUGAAGUAAUCCCUUAUUGUAGCACAAAUAUAAUGAGAGAAAUUAUUUACUUGUUUGUUUGUACUGUAUGUAACUAUAAAAAAAAAAAAGAAAAAGUAAAGAAAGUAAAGCUCAUUUGUACGUAAUUGCUUCAAAAGUGAGAUUCUUUAGCUCUUACAGUAGUAACGCAGUGUCUGGGCUACGGCGUAUAUCAGUGUAGCCGAACGAACGAACGAAUGAUCCUUGCAUUGUGAACAUUUCCACGCCAUACCGGGUGCUAAAUAAUCAGUGUUGGGCCCUGUUAUGUUAGUAAGGCCGUGUGUGUGUGUUCCCAAGACUUGAAGGACAGAGCAGAAACAAUUACAAUUGCUUAUGGCAGCAUUUAGUUUGUGGGUUUGUAGGCUUCCUUUGUGGAAGCCAUUUUUACUGAGCAAAAAAAUAAAAAUAAAAAAAUAAGCUAUCAUAUGUAUAUUUGCCAAAUUACUUGAAUAUGUUGGAGAUGCUGGUAGCCAAAAUCAUAAGAAAAAAAAAACACAUAGAGACUUUCUGUCUCUAUAUGCAAACUACAUUACCGUGGCUCAGGGUCAUAAGGGGUUACCGUAAAAAACUUUCAGGUACCCCAUUGUAGUUAACUGCAACCUGGUUGUGUACAGUUUCUCGAGUCGAAAAUGUCAAGGGAAUGUGUGCAUUUAUAUCUAAUACUUCAAACUUUUAAAAAACAAAACAAAAAAAACUAAGCGGCAAAAAAUUGUAUUGUUGCGUUUUUGAUUGUGGGAGGGGUCUGGGCUUGUUUUUUCUUCUUGUAUAAAAUGAUAAAACAAUAAAAUCCCCUAGUGUUCUUCGUUGUCUCCACCCACUAUGCAUGUAUGUAACUGUGCAUAUGCAUCGUGUGAAAUACGUACGAACAUCCUGCUUUUACAAUUCUGUAGCAUCGUAACGAUGGCACUUUUUUUUUUUUUGGUUUCGUUCAAAUAUGAAGUGUUGAAAAUGGUGUGGGGAUAUAUGACAUCACGGGGUUAUAAAAUACCCCAAUGCUAAUCAAGGCUAGAGGUCAAGUGUUAGGUGUUGUUAAAUGUUCGUAUUGUUCCAUGCACAAAAUUGUAGUUAUAAAUGAUAUAAAUAAAGGCCUCAUUGAUCAAAAUUAUGCAAAAAUGUUUCACAAGCCACGCCCCCAAACUCCCCAAAUUUUGGAAAACGUUACCCAGGUUUUCUUCGGAGUCGAUUCGUAAAAGUGGGGACUGUGUAACUUUUCAUAGGCCACACCCCUUAAAUUUGAAACAUUACCAGCCGGGACAAAGAUUUCCUUUUGUUUUUGUGGUGAUGCCCACAAAACUCCAUAUAAGGCAAAGCUCAAAGUGUAAAAUGAGCAUAAGAUGAUUUUUUAGGGAAAGCGGUUUCUCUAGAGGGGCAAAUUGCUGGUUAUUAUGGCUGAUUUUUACACCGAUGAGCUGGAACAAAAAAACUACAAUACGUUGGCAAAGAAAAUGUUUAAAUAUCUGCUAAAUUUGCACCAAUGAUGGUGAAGCUCAGCGGGACACACCUGAGGUCUCUAAAUGCGUCAGUAGAAGGAAAUUCAAGCACUUAGUGAAAAAAAAGAAAUUGGGCGAGAUGGUUUGCACAAUAAUUGUGCACUUAUUCGUUCAGACCCGGUUUAAUAAAUGAGGCCUGUUGUUUAUCUGGUUUAAGACUGUUUUAGAUUUUUAUUGACCCUUCGUCUUGCACGUGGUUCUCCUUCCUGUUCUUGCUCUUCUUUUUAUUAAGUUCUUGGAGAACUGAGUGAGAUACCACCUUGAUAAGUUCUCCAGGAAUGAUAGUGAUCUUCUAAUCCAUCCAGAUAUAAAAUCCACCCAAGGUGUUCUAUGGUCCAUGCUGAGAAUCCCAAACAUCUACCACUAUUCUAAUCUUUUUCCUGAUUGUGUCCAACCUUGACUCUAUAGUAAUGACUUCUCUUUUUGAUGUUAGUGGGUAUAUUUUCCCCCUUCCCCGUGUACUCCAUUUUGAACUGCGACCUAGUUUGUAUUAAAAAAACAUGGUGCGCAUGUAAAUAAAGCUUGAUUGAGCUCUA